CAGCGAGUGCGUUCAAGGGAGGAGCCUUUCCUCAGCUAUGUCAGGGGCCGAAGAGUCCCCUUUAAUGCUGCCACCAUCAACUCAUUCUUCAACAAUUAGUGGCUUGAGGACAUUGCAUCUUGUGAGUACACAGCAGGCCGUGCGGAUGAGUUUAGGGACGUUGAUUUUGCGGAUGUGGAGCGCGUCCUAUGUGUUCCAAAUGGCCACUUUCAAAGAAACAGUCAUGGCAAGCCUCUCUAUGUCCGAUGCUCCCUCCUCACUCCUGUGAACAAAUAUUCGGUGGCUCUCAUGCACGCAAACAUCACCCCGUGCUCUCAUGUCUCAGAUCUCCUCACUAGCCGGGCCAUUCUUUUGUACUUCAUCCUCCAGGGCCGGCAGAUCAGUUUGGGCCAGGUCAUUGCUAGCGAAAUCUUCGAUUGUGCUCAUUCUGCUAAUCCGAAGGCCCCUCUUGGGCACCCAUCUCUCAUCACUCACUUGUGUGGGCUUGCUGGGGUUGACACUUCAGAGGCACCAUUAGAGCGUCCGCGCAAGAUGAUUGAUCGCUCCUAUUACAAGCAGUAUUGCUUGCUGGAUGAGGAGGGUCUUCCCAUUCCUGCGCCUCAGCCUCCUCGACUCCACCAGCGUCGCGGGUAGGCCCACCAGGCUCCCCCUCAGCAGCCCCAUGGGCCUGACCAGCCUGCUCAGCCAGACCAUCCUGCCUCACACGAUUCCUUCAUGAUGGUGGAGAUGCGGCAUAUGAUGCAGCGACUGGAGGCGAAGAUAGAGGCCGUUAACCGGAUCCGUCAUGCCCAUGCAGCGAUGAUGAGGCACGCUUUUGGGGCCUCUCACCUCGAUUUCAUGACUCCAGCCGAGUAUGAUGCGUUUAUAGCUUGGCCUGGGGACCAGGCUCCCACUGUUGGAGGAGGCGACUCUUCGUCUGGAGCACAGGCCAUGGGGGAGGAUUGCACUGAGGAGGAUGACUCUGAUGCUGGGACGAAGAUUCUUGAGACUGAGGUGGAGGACGAUGUUGAUGAUGAGGAUGACGAGGGUGUUGACUGAGGAUUUUGAUUUAGCACCGCACCUCAUUGUGGAAACUUUUACAUUCUGUCUUGUUUUUAAAUUCAGUUUUUUUCAUUUUAGUUUUAGUUAUUAUCUCUGACUUUGAACUUGGAUAGUUUGAUGACUUGUGUGCAAUGGUUUGGUUUCUAAGGAACUAUGCUUUUGCUUUGUUUAAAUUGAAAAUCUUAUGUUUUUG